AUGAAAUGCUUACUUACAAAUAUAUAUGAACCGUUGUCUCUCUGUCCCCAGGACACGGCUGAGCUGUUCUUUGAGGACGUGCGUCUCCCUGCUUCUGCCCUGCUGGGACAGGCCAACAAGGGCUUCUACUACCUGAUGAACGAGCUGCCACAGGAGCGCCUGCUGAUUGCAGACAUGGCCAUCGCCAGCAGUGAGUUCAUGUUUGAGGAGACCAGGAACUAUGUGACUCAGAGGAAGGCUUUCGGCAAGACCAUCGCUCACCUUCAGACUGUGCAGCACAAGCUGGCAGAGCUGAAGACUGAGAUCUGUGUGGGCCGUUCCUUUUUAGACAACUGUCUGCAGCUCCACACAGAGAAACGCCUGGACUCUCAAACAGCCUCUAUGGCCAAGUACUGGUGAGAACACAACCAGAUACUGAACCU